AGUGACAGAAAGGUUUUAUGACUUUUAUUGCUACGUACCUGUAUAUUAUAUUCGUUCGAGUUAUAGCUUAUUUUUUACUUAAAUUUGUUCUUCAAUCAAAUUAAUAUAAUGUAAAAACUACUUUAUAUUCAGUACGAGUAAGAGUUAACUGGAUUUUAGCACGUACUUCUGAAAUAUCGCUCGACAGUAUAUCGUCGAGAGUGAAGAAGUACAAAUGCCACAUAAUCACUCUGAAAAUAACUUGACAAAGUUACUUUUAUUAAAGAUUUGUAGACUCCGUAAAUAGGUAAUUUUAGAAUUACCUGUGCAUAUGUACAAUAACGGUUUGUUUGAGAGAAGGCAAUCAUUUUUUGUGUAGGUAAAGCAGCUAGAAUAUUACAUAUAUAUAUAUGUUUUUUUGUUAUAUAUUUUAUAUUCUCAUUAUAUGAAAGUGGUCUGUUUAACAGAAUGGAAGAUAAAGAUGUCCGAAAGCGGCGUAGUCGUAAGAAGAAGCUGUUGAAGAGCGUUCGCGAACAGAUUGAAUUUUACUUUAGCGAUGCGAAUUUGGGCAAGGAUCGUUUUCUUAAGCAGAAAAUUGAUGAUUCAGAGGAUGGAUAUUUACCUCUUGAACUUUUUUGUAAAUUUAAUAAGCUGGCGGCUUUAACGACUGAUACGAAUUUAAUGGUUAAGGCGAUUAACGGUUCUGAUAAAUUAGUGUUAAGCGACGAUAAGCUGAAAGUUAAAAGAAAACAGCCGUAUUCACCGAGACUUGAUAUUGACGAUAGAACUAUAUAUUUGGAACCAUUACCGCCGGGAGUGAAGCAUGAUUGGAUUAAAGAGCUAUUCUCCAGAUUUGGCAAUGUCGUUUAUGUGAGCCUGCCUAGAUUUAAAAGUACUGGUGACCUCAAAGGUUUUGGUUUUGUAGAGUUCGAAACAGUCGAAGCGGCUACUCGGGCAGUCAGUCAAGUCAAUAGCGAUCCUCAUGGUAUUGGCAGAUUCCCGAGGAUGUGUAAACAAGGAAAAAUCUUAGAAAAGCAAAUUGAAGAAAUCUCUAAAGAGGUAAAAUCAUUUACCGACUCUAUUAAAGAUACAACGGAGGAAAGAGAAACAAAUUUAGAGUUACAAUCGGAGAAUUCGACGAAUGAUAAAGGUGAAAAUAGCGAGAAUGGUAAAGAGAAAGCUAUUUUAGAUAGCAAUCAACAGAAACGUAAAUUAUCAGACAAUGAAGAUAGUCAAACGGAAGAACUACCCAAUAAAAAGGCCAAAACUGUAACAAUAUCCGACCAAGUAGACAUAAAGAAACAGAAAAAGAAAAGGAUUAGAAAGAGAAAGCCAUUAGCCGAUUUUCCUGCUGAAUUAAAAGUUAUUAGCAAAAAGGAAUGGCUGAAUCUUAAAAAGGAGUAUUUGAAUUUACAAAAAGAUAGUAUGGCAAAUCUGAAAAAGAAUCUGAAGUCUUGGAAAGAAAAGAAGUCUAAAUUGAUGAGUGAAGAGAAGGCAGAUGAAGAAGAAUUAAAAUCAGAUAUACUAAGAAAGGACGCACUGUCUCGACAUAAGGAAGAAAUUGGUGAAAAUGGAAAGCCCGUCCUUGUUCCAAAUACAGUUUUAAAAGUCAAAUCAGAGUUUCCCUCAAAAUGGCAGGAUAUCGAAGAAAGCCUACGACCUUCUCAGGUCCACUAUAUUGAUUUUGAAGACGAUGCUAGCCAAGGUUACGUUCGUUGCAAAACAGUCACUCAAACUAAUCAAAUUCUGAAAAGGAAUUUUGACUCUUUAACCUUUUUCCGAAUGAAACCAACGGAAGAAGAAGAAUAUUUCAAAACGGUUACUGAAAAGCAAGCCGAAUGCCGAGAGUCUAGGAAGAAACGUAAAAAGGAGAGAGGGACGAAAAAAUUAAUGAAUGCCGCUAGUAGAAUGAGAGAAACUUGUCAGCAUAUUGUCUUCUCUGAUAGCGAGUAG